ACUUACUUUGGCAAGAGCUGAGAGCAGAGUGUUUACGCAUAUCCUGUGCGACUAGCAAAACGCGGCUGUUUCGUUCGGUUUGAGUCGCUUCUUCAUAUCAAAGGCUCCAGGUCUGUUCAUAUACCUUUGGUAAUAACUAUAAAGAUGUCGGACGACGAGGACGCCCCCAUGGUGAAGAAGUCUCGCAUCUUCUAUGGAAGUCUGGAGGAGAAGGAGCGGGAACGUUUGGGCCGGGAAGGGGGCACUGGGUCAGGAAAAGAUGGGGUCAAAGCUGGAAUCGAUGCUGGCAACAUCAACAUCUCUAGUGGUGAAGUGAUGGAGCUGGAGGAUCGUAUGAGCGAGAGACAGUCAGAUGUGCUGCUUGAAUUUGAGAGGCGCAAGAGGGCGAGGCAGAUCACCGUAUCCACUGACGACGCAGAGGUCAAAGCUUGCUUGCGGGCUCUCGGCGAGCCAAUCACACUCUUUGGGGAGGGGCCCGCAGAGAGACGAGAAAGAUUAAGGGCCGUCCUGUCUGUGGUGGGGCCUGACGCACUGAAGAAGUCUAAGAAGGAGGAAGAAAAAUCCAAGCGCAGCCAGGAUGAGUGUCAGCAGACCUGGUAUCACGAGGGCCCUACUUCUCUGAAAGAUGCUCGACUGUGGAUUGCCCACUACUCUUUGCCCAGGGCAAUGACACGACUGGAGGAGGCCAGAGCCCACAAGGAAAUCCCAGAGUCCACACGCACCGUCAAGCAACAGGAGCAACACAAAAACCUCAGGAAUCUAAAUAACUUCUGCAGUCAGAUUGGAGAUGACAGACCUAUCUCAUACUGUCAGUUCAGUCCAAACUCUAAACUACUGGUAACAGCGUCUUGGAGUGGCUUAUGUAAACUCUGGAACAUCCCAGACUGCAGCUUGGUCCGCACACUAAGGGGUCACAAUACCCAUGUGGGGGCAAUCAGCUUUCACCCAAAGGCCACACUGUCCCUGGAGGAUUCGGACAUCAACAUGGCCUCUUGUUCCACCGAUGGAACAGUCAAGCUGUGGAGUUUGGACAGUGACGAGCCAGUGGCCGACAUAGAGGGGCACUCUGUGAGAGUGGCACGAGUAGCCUGGCACCCAUCUGGGCGCUUCCUUGGUACCACCUGUUAUGAUAACUCCUGGCGGCUGUGGGACUUGGACGCCCAAGAGGAAAUUCUUCACCAAGAGGGCCACAGCAAGGGUGUCCAUGACCUGGACUUCCACCCAGAUGGCUCUUUGGCAGGGACAGGUGGUUUGGACGCGUUUGGCCGUGUUUGGGACCUGCGGACAGGCCGCUGUGUCAUGUUUCUGGAGGGUCAUUUGAAGGAAAUCUACAGCAUCAACUUUUCCCCCAACGGCUUUAAUGUGGCAACAGGAAGUGGGGAUCACACCUGUAAGGUGUGGGACCUGCGUCAGAGGAAGUGUAUCUACACCAUCCCUGCCCAUCAGAAUCUCCUGUCUUCUGUCAAAUUCCAGCCCACUGACGGUCACUACCUGUUGACUGGGGCGUACGACAACAUGGCUAAGGUGUGGACCCACCCUGGCUGGUCUCCACUGAAGACGCUGGCAGGUCACGAGGGCAAGGUCAUGGGUCUUGAUCUGUCUCCUGACGGACAGUUCAUAGCAACUUGCUCCUAUGACCGCACCUUCAAACUCUGGAUGUCCGAAUAACCGCGGCUUUGAGGAACUGUGUAUGUAUGUGUGUGUGCAGGUGUGUAUGUGUCUGCAGGUGUGUAUGUGUGUGCAGAUGUUGAUGAGUGAGUUAUCGGGUGUUGUAAAUGCAUGACCCAAAGACCAUUGGGUUUUACAUAACCAUCUUUUAGGACUGUUGGGUCACUAAAAUUCCUUUGUAAGAGUGGAUUUCGUAUGAAUUGACCAGAUUCCCAAAAUUUGUCAUCAAACUUUGCAGCCCAGAAAUGGAUUGAAUUUCUGUGGUCAUCUCAGAGCUAGAUUAAAAUACAUAAUUUUCCUGUCAACCAGUUCCCCUUCUGGCAAACCAUUCUGUAAAAAACUGAUUUGUGGGUUUUAUUAUGGAGAAUUAGAGUGGACAUGGAGUGGACAUAUAAUCCUGGAGAAUUUAUUAUUUGUCAUGUUUGUAUGUACAUUUUUAGAUAAACAAAAAAGACUUGCAAAGCCUAAUGACAAUUCUAGUGAGAUGCAUGUCUUAUGCCUCCUUUUUUUCAAUGCCUCAAUUCUUUAGUCUUUUUUUAUUAAAAAAAAACAAUAAUA